AUGGUUUUAAAGGGCUCAUGGUCUAGCUCGAGCCUUGAUGGUUCAAGCUGGGACCGCAAAAGACAAAUGGAGUAACUUUUUCGCCUAACCAGUUCGCCAAAUUGACAAACAAUCCCAAUCUUCUCAUUCUACAAUCUACACUAUCCUUCGCACUCCAACUUUUUUCCGCGGCGCACGUUACCCGACGCCACCAAACCGCCUCCGCCAUGGCCACCGGCACCACUCAUCGGCCGCAACCGAAGCUCUACGAUCUCGAUGUCACAAUCGUCUCCGCUAAGCACCUGAAGAACGUCAAUUGGAGGAACGGCGAUCUCAAACCCUACGUCAUCCUGUGGGUCGACCCGGACCGCCGCCAGGCCACCAAGCCCGACGACUCCGGAUCUACCCGACCCGUUUGGAACGAGCGAUUCGUUCUACCGCUCAGUCUCCCGCUCAGGGACUCCGCCCUAACGCUGGAAGUCUUCCACUCCAAACCGUCGGAGACGUCGAAACCCUUGGUCGGCGCGCACCGAUUCGAACUCCGAGAUCUCCUGGGCGACUCAGCCGACUCGGCAAUUCGACUCAGGACCUUCGAGCUCCUCCGCCCCUCCGGCCGGCCCCACGGUAAGAUCCGGCUGAAGAUCGGCUUGGUUGAGCGCCCCGUGGAGAAUUACCAUCCUGCCCCUGCUACCGGUUAUUAUAACUUUUCUGCCCCUCCGCCGCCCAUGCCUUAUAGGGGAUACUCUCCUUCGCCGUAUUCCACUCUACCGCCGCCGUCGUCGUUUUCCCCCCCUCCGCAGCCCUAUUACUCCUACUCGGAUCCGCACUCAGGCUAUUAUUCGUCUUAUUAUUCGCCUUCGCCGGCACCGCCCCCACCGCCACCAGCUCGUCCAUUUCUAGAGCGGCCGUUGCAGUCGCAAUCGAGCUACGGUGGAUCGGGGGCCUCGGGGCCGAGCGCUCCGGUGGAUUACACACCAUAUGAUUACCAUAAGAGGAGCUUGGGGAAGCCGGGAAUAGGAAUGGGAACGGGAUUGGCGGUGGGAGCGGCGGCUGGAGCUCUCGGCGGGCUGUCAUUAGAUGAAGGUAUUAAAUAUGAGGAAGAGAAGAUUGCAGAAAGAGUGGAGAAUGAUAUGGUUUCUUCAACUGCGAGGGAUGAUCGGUAUGGCGAGUAUCGAAGUGAUUAUUAAUGUAAGCUCUAAUUCGCUCUAACUAUUUGCUCCCCAGUAUGACUCCGUGUUAAAUUUUAUAUAUAAAGAUUGGCGUUCUCUGUGAAUUGUGUUUCAAUGGAGGAUUUGAACUCUGAGAAGUGUCUCUCAGAGAUGUUUGUGCUGAUAUAUGUAUAUAAACUUCUGGUGUUGCGAGGAGUAAGCUAUGUUUUCUAGUA